AAUCCCGCCCCCCGUCGUCGUCACGGCAACCCGGCCCCGCCCCCCUCCCCCUCUAAAGGAAGAUGGAGUCGCGCGUGGAGGAGCUCCGCUCUCUGCAGAGGCUCGUGGGCGGCCCCGCGGCGCCGCUGGAGCGGCAGGCCGAGCGAGGGGUACCCGUGCUGCACGUGGGAGAUGGCUCCAGCGUCGUGGGGCUUGUGAGCUCCGCGUGUCACGUGGUGCGUGCGUCGGGGCAGUUGCAGCUGCUGGGGCUGGAUGCCGGGGACCGUGCCGUGGUGCAGCAGUGGGCAGAGUACGCGGUCGCCCUGGAGCAGGGAAACAAGGACUCCUUGAAGACUGCCCUCCGGGAGCUGAAUGACUACCUCGCAGACCGGGUGUUCAUAGUUGGCAACUAUCUCACACUGGCUGACAUCCUGCUCUACCACAGGCUGCACCCCGUGUUGGCAGCGCUCGGCGUGCAGGAGCGAGAGCAGCACGUGAACGUGUGCCGCUGGUUCGACAACGUCCAGCGAUGGCCGCGAGUGAGGCAGCACCUCCCAAUGCUGGUCAUCCUCCGAAACAAGAUUUACUCCUGAAAACUGCGACCGUGUGAGACCACGUCAUCGGUUUUCCACGCGGAGAGAAGCCAGCCGGCGCGCUGUCGCGCAUCAGCAACGCCGACGACACACGCUUCUCCCGUUGUGAUCGCCGUAACGCGGCCUCCGCAGUCGAGUGAAUUCCGUGGGUCUGAGAGUCGGUUGGCUUCGAUCGAUUGUGGGUUUGGGUACGGAUUUUUACAAAUGUGACGAAGCAAAGCUGUGUAAAUGUUAAUAAUAAUUCAUAAACACCAACAUUACAAGCAAACUAUAAAAAUUAUGUUCACACACUCGGACAGAAAAAAAAAUGGCAACUUGAUGAUAGUGUUUUUUUUUUAUUUUUGGACAUUGAUUGCUGGAGCGAUAAUUAAUGAGUGGUGACUUGGCUGAGCGGUCGCACAUCUGGUGCUUGUUGCAUAGGCUCGUGGUUCGAACACCCCACGGCCACCCUGGUUAAUACUGCAGGCGCAUUGACUGAAUGCACGCCGUCUGCUUCACGUUCGGGGAAAAAAGGUGUGCUGGCAUCAUGGUCCAAAUUUGAAAAACUACUUAAAAUUACUCAAUUGGGAGAACACUGUCGUUUUUUUUUUAAAGUUGGUGCUUAAUUUCCAAAUGUACUAUACAGGUGAGCACCUCCUCAUGCUGGCAACCUUGACUGCAUCCCACGUGUGUUGUUAAAGAAGAGCUGCCUGUUCAACACUUGGGGCUUCUGUCAAAUCUGCCAGUUGGACUUCAGCGGAGUGGAAUGCAUUUGUAAAGUGUAUGCGGGGUAAAUAAAGUCCAUACCUGUCAUCUCCUUAUCAGUGCCCGACCAUAUUACACACCAACUCAGACCUUAUUGGUCACUCCGUACCCCUUAUAAAUCUCAACGUUCAUCCUACAAAGUCCCAUCACAAGGUAGAAACACAAACACACACAGACAAUUAUUUUUGUUGUGCCCGUAUUGAAACUGCUGUACGUCGUAUGGACCUGAAAACUCAAUUUCCCUGUACAAGAAUACGGGGUAAACCGUGUGGGUUGACAGGUAUGAAAGUCCAAACUGUGGGUGUAUAUUUGUCAACACCAUUGUUUUUAAAUUAUGUGAGAACAGAAGGGAAAUCGUGUAAUGUAUAAGAAUUGAAGACCCGGCCACAUUGAUACUCUUUUGUAGCCAAUUGGCGUGUUUUGGGGUCAUUGAAAAAUCUGUGAAAACAAAAGCGGUUUACAGCCACAUUUAUCAAUCGUACUGUGUAAUUGCCAAAAUAACGUUUUGCUGCAUGCAUUAUUUAUAAAGCAGGCUUGCGUAAACAUGUGUCUUCUCAUAGCAGUCUCCUUUAGAAUGUAGAUCUUUUCAACUGGUUGCAGUUUACAUUUGAAUUAACUUUAUUGCGUGUUCUUGUUGCCAUAAUAAUACAAGUAUGCCGUCACGUUAAUAAUGCCAGGUUAAAAAUUGCCGAACAAUGUCCCCGUCUUUUCCUGUGUUGGUAUUUGACAUGCGUCUGCUAUAUACAUCGAUUACUUUUUUCAAGAAGGGUUGCCGCGUAUGGUGAUGCUACCAUGUAAGUGAAAUCCACGUUAAUCGUAUAGCCCGUUUUGCUAAAACAUCGUUUAAUAUUUGUGAUUGUUUAUAUUUUAUUUACCGAUGAAAUACAGAUUACAAAAGCACAACACUGCAAUUGAGGUGCAGAAGAAAUAGCUGUUACCUAUUAAAUAAUUACUUUGCUAAAUGUUGAGCAGAGUAAUUGGCAAUUAUAUGACCUCGUUAUUAUCGUAGCUAAUUUCGUUACUUCCUACGUAACUGACGGCCACGUAAGAUUGUAAGAUUUAAGCGAUUAGAAGACUCGUGGCGGCGGGCCUCUGUUGAGCAAACUGCUGUUCGUGAAUGUUGAAGCAAAUCUUUAUUUGUACUGGGAAGCAUAGCGAAGCACCAACACGAUAAAUAAACUUGUAAAACACAAUUACAAAAUAAUAGGACAAUUAUAUGUACCCAAAGAGUGACCAACGCAGACGUCAGAAACAGGUUGCACAUGGACGGAGGACUUGAUGCUGCAGGCAGUGAUGAGAAGGGGAAACGGGAAUUAUUCGGACACAGGAUGGCCAACAGGAAAAUGAAAAGUGGUGUUGUUCGGGAGAAAUGGAAGGAACAGGAAAGAGAGGAAGACCUCCGAGAGAAUGGCUUGACGGCAACGGAGAUUGGUGUCAGAAAGAUGUUGCACUACUUGAGCAUUUAGGUACAAGACAGAGGAGUUUGAAAACAUAACGAAAUGUGCAGUGGACACCUUACGGGGCUAUCUGCCCAUGGAUCGUGAUGAUAAUGUGGCGAUAAACAGUCGUCAUUAAAAUGAACAUCUUAUCUUGGGACGUUAUAUCGGCAGCCCUAAUUAAAAGCCGUUGUUCGUGUGACCUGUUUCUCUUUGCGCAUUUUCAUCAAUUGCAUGUUGUGUGACUCCCGUGAAGGCACGGGACAAUUAUGUAUGUUGAUCCCUUCUGGAUCUACAACAGCGGAGCCAGACGUAACAAAAGGGGACACGGCCCGGCCUGUUUGUUAACCGUGCAUCCAAUUAAAAUCGAUUGUGACGUGCAAGA